GUCAUCUCAUACGCGCCUCCUAGAAGGGAAGGAAGAUGGCGGCCUUCGGUAUACUAAGCUAUGAACACCGGCCGCUGAAAAGACCCCGGCUCGGACCGCCUGACGUGUACCCGCAGGACGCCAAGCAGAAGGAGGAUGAGCUUACAGCACUAAAUGUAAAGCAAGGAUUCAAUAACCAGCCAGCUGUAUCAGGAGACGAACAUGGCAGUGCUAAGAAUGUUAACUUUAACCCAGCCAAGAUUAGCUCCAAUUUCUCCAACAUCAUGGCAGAGAAACUACGUUGCAACACCCUACCAGACACUGGAAGAAGAAAACCUCAAGUUAACCAGAAGGACAACUUCUGGCUGGUCACUGCUCGCUCCCAGAGCUCCAUUAACAACUGGUUCACAGAUCUUGCAGGAACCAAACCUCUCACACACCUUGCUAAGAAAGUUCCCAUUUUUGGGAAGAAGGAAGAGGUUUUUGGGUUUCUGGCACGUUAUUCUGUGCCAGUUAUGCGGGCAGCUUGGCUUAUUAAGAUGACCUGUGCUUAUUAUGCUGCCAUUACAGAAACCAAAGUGAAAAAGAGACAUGUCAUGGAUCCAUUCGUUGAGUGGACACAGAUCAUCACACGCUAUCUAUGGGAGCAGCUACAAAAAGUUGCAGAGUAUUACCGGCAAGUAAAUGGUCAAGUAAAUGGUGGCACUGGAACCUCAUCUGGACCUAUGCCUCCAGAGGUUGAGCUAGCCUUAAAACAGUGGGAAUAUAAUGAGAAACUAGCCAUGUUUAUGUUCCAGGAUGGGAUGUUGGAUCGACAUGAGUUCUUGACUUGGGUCUUAGAAUGUUUUGAGAAGAUCCGUCCUGGAGAAGAUGAACUCUUAAAGCUGCUGCUUCCUCUCCUCCUCCGUUAUUCAGGUUCUUUAGUCCAGUCUGCUUACCUAUCACGGCGAUUAGCCUAUUUCUGCACACGGCGCUUAGCACAGCUGCUGGAAAGUAGUGGGGGCCAUACAGGGCACCUCAUUACAGCACAGGCUGGUAAUACUCUGCCUCCUGCACCUGCACCCCCUCCACCCUCAGGAUCUGCUUCAUCUUCCCCAUUCAGCGAUCUCCUGCAGUGCUCACAACAUCGGCCUCUUGUGUUUGGGUUGAGCUGCAUGCUGCAGAGUAUUGUUCUCUGUUGUCCCAGUGCUCUUGUAUGGCAUUACUCUUUGACUGACAACCGAAUUAAGACUGGUUCACCUUUGGAUCACCUUCCUAUUGCUCCUUCCAGUCUGCCCAUGCCAGGUGGCAAUUCUGCAUUCACACAGCAGGUUAGACGAAAACUUCGGGAAAUGGAACAACAGAUUAAGGAGCGUGGACGAGCAGUAGAGGUCCGGUGGUCAUUUGAUAAGUGUCAGGAAGCUACAGCAGGAUUUCCUAUUGGACGUGUUCUUCAUACACUGGAGGUUCUGGAUAGCCAUAGUUUUGAGAAAUCUGACUUUAGUAACAACUUGGAUUCUCUCUAUAAUCGCAUCUUUGGACUAGGUCUUGGAAAAGAUGGUCAUGAGAUCUCGCCGGAUGAUGAUGCUGUUGUUGCACUUCUAUGUGAGUGGGCUGUCAGUUGCAAGCGUUAUGGACAUCACCGUGCCUUAGUUGUAGCUAAAUUGCUCGAGAAGAGACAGAUGGAGAUUGAAGCCGAGCGAUGUGGUGACUCUGAAGCGGUUGAUGAAAAGGGAUCUGUGUCUUCGGGGUCGCUGUCUGCACUUAGUUCACCCCCUGUUUUCCAGGAUGUCCUCCUCCAGUUUCUUGAUACACAAGCCCCAGUGUUAACUGACCCUACAAAUGAGGGAGAAAGAGUGGAAUUCUUUAAUCUAGUGUUGCUAUUUUGUGAGCUUAUCCGGCAUGAUGUCUUUUCCCACAAUAUGUAUAUGUGCACUCUGAUAUCUAGAGGGGACUUGGGACUGGACCCUCAUGCACCUCGACCUCGUUCACCGUAUGAAGACACGACAGAUGAUGCUGACCGCAAAGAGGGAGAGACAAACAAUAGUAUUAAACUGGAGGACACAACACUUUCAGAAACCAUGGAUAUUGACCACAGUUCAGGUGCUUUAUUUGAUGAUAUGGAGAAAGGUGAUUUUCAGAUGUUCUCACCUGCCGUGCGUUGCGAAGGACGUAGCCCGGGCCCUGAUGAGGGAGAAAGUGAAGGUCGUCGCCCAGUGAAGACUUCGAGUGGCGAUGGCCUACUGGCUUCUCUUUAUGAUCAACCACGUCACAUUCAGUAUGCAACUCAUUUCCCUAUCCCACAGGAAGAAUCUUGUAGCCAUGAGUGCAACCAGCGGCUAGUUGUUCUGUUCGGGGUGGGCAGGCAAAGAGAUGAUGCUCGCCAUGUAAUCAAGAAGAUCACUAGAGACAUUCUUAAGGUGCUAAACAGGAAAAGCACGGCAGAGACGGGUUCGAAUGAAGGACAGCGUAGGCGCAGGGUAAAACCUGAAGCUUUUCCCACAGCAGAAGAAAUUUUCCACAGGUUUCAGCAGCUCUCGCAUUUUGACCAGCAUCAAGUUACAGCUCAGGUCUCUCGGAAUGUUCUGGAACAGAUUACAAGCUUUGCAUUGGGCUUAUCUUAUCACCUUCCUCUGGUGCAACAUGUUCAGUUUAUCUUUGACCUGAUGGAAUAUUCCCUUAAUAUCAGUGGCCUCAUUGACUUUGCCAUUCAGUUGCUAAAUGAGCUGAGUGUUGUUGAAGCAGAACUCCUGCUUAAGUCCUCCGACCUUGUUGGUAGUUACACAAUGGGACUGUGUUUGUGCAUUGUAGCUGUCCUGAGACAUUAUAACACCUGCCUGAUUCUCAACCAGGAGCAGACCGCACAGGUGUUCGAAGGUCUGUGUGGAGUGGUGAAACAUGGCAUGAACCGGUCAGAUGGUUCGUCUGCUGAACGUUGUAUUCUAGCUUAUUUGUAUGACUUGUACAUGUCUUGCAGUCACCUCAAAAGCAAGUACGGAGAACUGUUCAGUGAUUUCUGCUCCAAAGUAAAGAACACUAUAUACUGUAUAGUGGAUCCAUCAGACUCAAACAUGUUGUGGGAACAGGAGUUUAUGCUGGAUACCAUCUCUAAUCCAACAGAACAUAAUUAUAACUUUGGCAUGCUGGGAAAGCUACUGAGAGAUUCUCCUACCAAUCGCUACAGCUUUGUGUGCAAUGCACUUGUACAUGUGUGUGCAGGAGACCAUGACACUGACGGAAUAAAUGACAUUGCUAUUCUGUGUGCUGAGUUGACUGGAUCCUGCAAAGAUCUGAGCUCUGAGUGGCUGGGGGUCCUGAAAGCUCUGUGCUGCUCUUCGAAUAAUGGUACCUGUGGCUUCAAUGACUUGCUGUGUAAUGUAGAUGUCAGUGAUUUGUCUUUCCAUGAUUCGCUUGCGACAUUUGUUGCAAUUCUUGUCGCUCGCCAGUGUUUUCCACUUGAGGAUCUCAUCCGUUGUGCGGCCAUCCCAUCCCUUCUUACAGCAGCAUGUAGUGAACAGGAUUCUGAAUCUGGAGCCCGUCUCACUUGCCGUAUUUUGCUUCAUCUGUUUAGAACUCCUCAGCUGAAUCCAUAUGAGCCAGACAGCAAUAAAGCAACAUUUGGAAUUCGUUCUUCUUGUGACCGCCAUCUUCUAGCUGCAUCUCAGAAUCGCAUAGUACCCGGAGCCCUUUUUGCUGUGCUAAAGGCAAUAUUUAUGCUGGGUGAUGCAGAGCUGCAAGGUUCUGGCUUUUCAUUACCUGCAGCUACUGAAGAUAUUACCGAUGAAGAUUUGACAUCGAACCGGGCAGGUGUGCGGUCUGUAUCUAUAGAGACCGCAAGUUUGGAUGUGUAUGCCAAAUAUGUUUUACGCAGCAUCUGCCAACAGGAAUGGGUGGGAGAGAGGUGUGUUCGCUCCCUGUGUGAAGACUCGAUUGACCUGCAGGACCCUGUUCUCAGCAGUGCUCAGGCACAACGUCUGAUGCAGCUGAUAUGUUAUCCACACAGACUAGGUGAUGCAGAGCAAGGGGACAAUCCUCAAAGACAGCGCAUCAAACAUAUCUUACAGAGCCUGGAUCAGUGGACGAUGCGUCAGUCAGCACUGGAGCUGCAGCUGAUGAUCAAGCAGACAUCUAAUAAUGAAAUGAAUUCACUCCUGGAAAAUAUUGCUAAAGCUACAAUUGAAGUGUUCCAGCAAUCUGCAGAGACCGUGUGUUUAACCGCUGCCAACAAUGCACCCCCUAGCAGUGCCCCAAGCAGCAAUGCAGCUCCCGCUGCUAAAUCCAAGCCUGUGCUCAGUGCUUUGGAGAGGUCUGGUGUCUGGCUCGUAGCGCCCCUUAUUGCCAAGCUGCCAACAUCUGUGCAAGGUCAUGUACUUAAAGCAGCUGGGGAGGAGCUGGAGAAAGGGCAGCAUCUUGGAUCAUCUUCUCGUAAGGAGCGUGACCGACAAAAGCAGAAAAGUAUGUCUCUACUCAGUCAGCAGCCAUUUUUAUCAUUGGUGUUAACCUGUUUAAAGGGGCAGGAUGAACAGAGGGAGGGACUUUUGACUUCUUUGUACAGUCAGGUGCAGCAGAUUGUUAGCAACUGGAGAGAUGAUCAGUAUCAAGAUGACUGUAAAACUCCUCAGCUUCUCCAUGAUGUAUUGAAGCUCAGGCUGAACUUGGUUGGUGGAAUGUUUGAUACUGUUCAGCGCAGCACUCUACAGACAACAGAGUGGGCAGUACUCCUCCUGGAUAUCAUAAGCAGUGGCACCGUGGACAUGCAGUCUAAUAAUGAGCUCUUCACCACUGUGCUGGAUAUGUUGAGUGUGCUGAUUAAUGGAACUUUGGCUGCUGAUAUGUCCAGUAUCUCACAAGGCAGCAUGGAGGAGAACAAAAGGGCAUAUAUGAAUUUAGUGAAAAAGCUCCGGAAAGAAUUAGGUGACCGUCAGUCGGAGAGCUUGGAGAAAGUGCGCCAGCUGUUGCCUUUACCAAAGCAGACGCGGGACGUAAUAACUUGUGAACCUCAGGGAUCUCUUAUUGACACCAAAGGAAACAAGAUAGCUGGCUUUGACUCUAUCUUCAAGAAGGAGGGACUUCAAGUCUCCACUAAGCAGAAAAUUUCCCCUUGGGAUCUUUUUGAAGGUCUGAAACAAUCUGCUCCUCUUUCCUGGGGAUGGUUUGGUACUGUGCGUGUAGACAGACGAGUGUCAAGGUUGGAGGAGCAACAGAGAUUACUUCUGUACCACACACACUUAAAGCCUAAGCCACGCACUUACUAUUUGGAGCCAUUGUCUCUUCCUCCUGAAGAUGAGGAGCCACCAACCCCAACAAGUAGUGAGCCCGAUAAGAAGCUGAGUGAGCCACUCAAAGUAGAUAAGAGCGGAGGAAGCUGCCCAGGUACCGGUGAUGAGAGAAAGAAACAAGGCAAGAAAAACAAGAAGACUCGUCAACCAGCAAACAAAGGAGAGGAAUAUGGGCUUGGUGGAGGACGCUCAAUGCCUUAUCCAAUGGGAGUUUCCACUGACCUUCUGCACUCCCAAGGAGGGGGGUCCAUGUCUCGAUUGCCUUAUGGAGCGCAGACAGUGUACGCUCAGAAUCAACCCUUACCUCCUGGUGGUCCACGUCUGGACACAUACCGUCCACCUCGCAUGAAUAUGGUAAAGGUAGUUCAGGCUCGACCCCCUUAUGGAGGUGGUGUUCCACCAGUUGUAGGAGGAAUGAUGGAUCCAUACAAGCCUAUCAUGUACAGACAGCAGCCUCCUAUUCCCCAGGGUCAAUUACUAAGGCAACAUCUUCAGGCAAAAUUGCAGACGCAGGGUAUGAUGACUCAACCUGUUCGACAAAUGACACCAACUCCCCCAUAUGGAUCUAUGCAAUCCUCCCAGGGUUAUACAACAUACACUACCCAUGUGCCCAUGCAACAGCAGCAUUCUCAAUCACAAUCUGGUGGUUUGGUGCCAUCAGGCUACAAUACACAGUCAUAUCCUGGUACUCUUCCACCUUCUGGUGGGACACUCCUUGACUCUGUGAGACAGAUGCCACAGAGACCAAGUGGUUAUGUCCAUCAGCAGGCAACUGGUUACAAUCAUAAUCCCCAAACAGGACCGAGAUUCCCACACCAACAAAUGCAGCAGGCUGGCAUGAUGACUGGAAUGGGUCAUAUGACUGCACAGAAUGUACCGGGUACAAUACGGCCCACUCAGAUGUUAUCAGACCAGCAACAGCAGCAGCAGUAUCUGAGGCAGCAACAAAUAUUAAGACAGCAGCAACAACAGCAGCAGCAACAGCAACAACAUCAACAACAACAGCAGCAGCAGCAGCAGCAACAGCAACAACAACAGGCUCAGGCUCCUCCUCAGCCCCAAGCUCCACCUCAGCCACAGCCACCACCUCAGCAGGUAGCAGCAGUACCACAGGCCCAGGCACAAGGACAGCCCCCAGGACUUGGCAUGCAGACACUGGCACAACAGCAACCUAUGUUUCAACGACAGGGUCUGCAACAAACUCAGCAGCAGCAACAGACAGCAGCUCUUGUACGACAACUACAACAGCAGUUAUCCAACACACAACCACAGCAAGCUUCCAAUCCGUUUGGGCGUUUCUGAUAUAUACGGCUCAAGCCUAUGGGUGAUCGCUGUGCUUUGGUUCCCUCCGGAGACAGAAGACAGGCAUCUGAAGCUGAAUAAAGUGUUAUUGGACUGCCAUGAAGAAGAAAGACAAUGACUAGGUGUCAUGGCACAUGAAUUUAGUAAACCUGGACUCUUGUAUAAUAAGGCAUGGGGAACCAGAUUGUCAAAUGGUGCCCCUAAAGUUGAGAGCAAGGGCUUUUAAGUCUUGUGGACCUUUUACCUUUCAAACUAAUUUUUAUUAUUUUGAUAAUGAAAUGAUAAAAAUUGUCAUUUUCUAACCUAUUUAUAUGGCAACCUGAUCUCAGGCACAUGUAUGAACAUGGUUACAAAUACUUCCUUGCUCUUUCCCUGUUACUAUAAGUAGCUAAUAAGAGAAAAUAUCGAGUGGUAUUGAUUUGGCCUACAUAGACUUUUCCAGCAGGUGGUGCGUGCUUGCUGUUUUGGAUUUUAGUAGCCUUGAUGAUGAAAUUGGACACCCUAUGCAGUAUUUUGUCUUAAAGUAUAUGUGCACAUACCAUUGGGAUUUUUUGUACAUACUACUACUAUAGUAGUUUAAUACCUUCCAAACAGCUGUAACACCACCUAAACACACAUAAUUCAAGUGAUUUUGUCCUAAUUACCAGAUUUCCAUUUUGGUUAUUUUUCGAAGCGCAAACUAAAAAAAAAUAAUCACAAGCCAAUAAAUUAUCAAUAGAUUAUACUCCAAAUACGUUGGUUAAAGCUAUUCUUGGCUGUUCCUUGAACUUGAGAAUGAGAAGCUUAUGGACCUUGUGGUGCAUAUGCCUUUUUAUACAGUCAUGUGAAAAAGUAUAAAGUUUUAUUUGUUUUUUUAAAUUAACUUGUGAAUUUUUCCUGAGUUUAAACAGUAUAUAAAGAUGAUACAAUUCAACAAAAAACAGUAACUAAUUGACUUUGCAUUAGUUUAUUAAACAGAAAUUCGCAUACACACACACUGUAGGAAUUUUUAGGAAAUGCCAGUGUUUUCGCCUCUGGAUGAAAUAUUGUUUCCUCGGAACUUACCUCCGUCAUACUGCUGCCCUUAUAUUGCUGCAGGCUCUUCUGCUGAACUCCUAACUGGAUGUGUCCUGAGUCUUCCUGUUAGCUGUAUAUGCACAGUGCUACAGGACAAAAAUCUAACAAAACACGUUCUGUAGAAAUGAUAUAAUUUGCACAAAAGAAUGACAAAUUUCUGAUAAUGAAGGGUAAAAGUUUGACUUAACUUUUAUCGGAUGUCUAGCCACCUUUAGGUCAGUAGGAGAUUUUAAUGUCAUACAUUAUAAAGUCUAAGGAAGCACAAAGUGCAGCGCUCACCUAUGUAUAAACACUGACAGGGGCAUGGAAGUGCUUAGGGUGGGUUCAUAUCACGUUUUUGCUAUUCAUUUAACGUUUAUGUUGGGGGGAAAUAAAGGGAUACAAAAAAGUUUUUCUAUCCUGCAGAGUCUGUUAAAAACCAUAUACGUUUUUUAAAUGGAAGUCUAUGGUGAAUGGAUGCCACUGUAUGGCAUCCUUCUGAGGCAUCCGUUAAUGUAUACUUUUUUUUGUAUAACGGAUGGCACAAACAUGAUGUGAACCCAGCCUUAGGAUGCAGCAAAAUGAUAUCCAUAAAACAAGGAGAUAAAUCCAGCUUCCGAUAAGUGUCGACUGUCCAGCGGCACUCCGGCUUGUGACUUUUAGUUUAGCGAAGCAGGCACAGACAGUAGCCCGCUCCG